AUGUCAGCCGGCUACUUCCCAAAACGCGAAAAGGUUGGCCUUGAAGACCUGUUCAAGGGUUUGGUAACCGCCUCCCAUAUCCUCCACCAGAAUAAAGUACUCGACGCAUACGGACACGUAUCUGUGCGAUCGCCUGACAACCCCGCAACAUUCUGGAUGCCUUGCGACAUGCCUCCGGCUCUAGUGUCCACUCCUGAUGACCUAGUCGAGUACCAAGUUGAUGAUGCUACUGCGGUCGAGAAGAAUGCGAAGAAAGGCUACCUUGAGCGACAUAUUCACAGCGAAAUCUACAAGCGAUUCCCAAGCGUGAACGCGGUCGUUCAUAGUCACUGCUCUGAAGUGUUGCCAUACUGCAUCAGCGGUGUUCCAUUGAAGGCAUCAACGCACAUGGCUGGCUUUCUAGGUUCGAAUGUUCCUGUAUGGGAUAUCUCCUCCCACUACCCGAGCGGGGCAAAACACGAUCUUCUCGUUCGAGACUCACAGCUUGGUGCAUCCCUCUCAGCUGCCUUCAAACCGGCGACCUCCGCAGGCUUCAUCUACUCAAAAGUUCGAUCAGCCCUCCCCGCCCAGAUUGGGGGGUCACAGGAGCCUGAUAAAGAACCUAACUAUGCUGCGGUCUUGAUGCAAGGCCAUGGCUUCACUACACUUGCGCACGGGAUUGAGGAAGUCGUUUACCAAGCGAUUUACACGAAAGAAGCUGCUCAAGCACAGACGACUGCACUUACAAUCCGUAACGCGCAUUUCGGUCAUAUCGUUGAGGGUAAAAUCGAUGUCGAAGGAGGAAAGAUAAAGUCUGCGAAGGUGAAGGCUGAAGGUGACCUGAAAUAUCUGAGCGAUAGAGAAGCACAUGAUGCAUGGGAGUCGAACCAAGGUACCGUUCAUCGCCCUUGGGCUCUCUGGUGCCGAGAAGUCGAGGUCCAUCCGCUGUACAAGAACGAAUGCCCCGGAUGCGAGGACGAUUGA